AAAAACAACGUCAGCCAUUGGACUUUGGCUGCAGCUACUGAAUCUACUGAAUGCAACAAAGUAACAUCAACUUUACGGAUACAAACGUAUAUAGCAAAUAGCUACAUGGAACGUUCACCUGUAAACAGCGUUGAGGUAUCACCAGAGAGCAAUGGAGAUUCUGUCUCUCUGUGUCACAAUGAGGAAGAGAACAGGAAUCAACCAGCACAUGGUGGCACUCAAGUCCAGCUGUGUCGUUUCUACUCACAGGGACGGCACUGUAACUUUGGGAGGAAGUGCCGCUUCCUCCAUCAAAGAGGAGAUUCCACCACCCUCACCCAGGGGAAGGUAGAUAACUGGACAAAGCAAAGGUCAGAACAGGAGAUCCAAAGAGGGACAGGCCCUCACAGCCACCCUGGAAUCACACCGCAGAAUCCAGUGGUUGACAGCCAUGGAGAUGUAGGCCACAGGCUGCCCUCCAAACCAAGGGCUGCUCCAACCAGAGUUGAGAGGGCCAACAAUCGCCGGCCCUGUCGCUAUUUUCUGUCUGGGUGCUGCACCAUGGAAGAUAGAUGUCACUACUGGCACCCACCACAGUUUCCCCUAGUUGACGACCAGCCUAUAGGAGACGGAGGCAGGCCCAGGGUGCCCCAUGCCCCCCCCCCCAGUGCCCUUCAGGUGGUCAAACUGAGUGACCUGACUGACAAUAUCACCAAACAGCUACGGGACACUGAGAUCAAGCAGCUGAUAAAGCGUUUUCCUAAAGAACAGCUUAUUGUGCAGGAACGGAGCGAUGGCCAAGUCACCUUCUACCGAGCCACAGUACAGCCCACUGAUCCAGACUGGCCUUUUGACUUGAAAGACGUUGACAUAAUGGUGAGCUUUCCGGAAAAGUACCCACAAGAGGUAUUUACAUUAGAUAUACCACUGGACCAGGACUUGCCAUCAGUUAUGGGAAGGUAUGUUGAACAAGCCUCACUGGAAUGGCUACAGGCUAAACAUGCCACCAAUCAGCUGAUGGGUAAGGUAGAGCUGCUCUUCCGGCCCUUCCUUCGUUGGUUGGAUCGCAGCAUGGAAAGACUGUUCACUGAGGGAGCCAGGCAGCUGAAAAAAGACAUGGAGAUAGCAAAGGCCGGAAUUCAGUUUGUGCCAUACCAGCAGCUCCAGGCAACCGUGUGCAAAGAGCCUGCCGCUGAUGACAUGCCUGACCCUGUCCUCCACACUGCAACUGAUGAGGAGAGCAGAGAAGAAGAUGAGGAGUGGAAAAAACUAUUGUACCCUGGCUGUGAUGAUAAUGAUGAUGAUGAUGGUGGUGUUAGUGAUGAAGAGGACCAGGGGAAGGUGGAGAAUAUUAAGCUCAGUGAGCCCCGCAGAGGAACAGAGGUGAAGCUGCUGGGCCUGAGGCUGGGAGAGGGCACGGCGACCGUGGUCGCCACACAGGUCACUGUGUGUCUGCAGUGCAGCAGGUGUAAGGUGACAGCAGACCUGACUCUAAAUGGCAGGAACCCCUGCACGGCCCAGUGUGAGAAGUGUAACGCAGGGAUCAGUGCUGCUUUCAGACCCAGCAUGCUGCACCACUACAGUGACGUCCUGGGCUAUCUGGACCUGGGCACUGCUGCUCCUGUGGACCUGGUCCUGCAGGACUGUGAUUUGGUUAUUGUCUGCCUCAACUGCUCAAAAGAGGGACCUGUGAAGAACCUUUUGUAUGGCCAGAGCAAGGAGUUCAACUGUCAGCACUGUCACAGCAAACUCAGCAUCCUGGUUGACAGCACACGAUUCCAGUACAUUCCGCCACGCAAAGAAAAAAACGGGCACAGUGACUCUUCACUGACCUAUCAGCGUAACAUAAGGGACCCUGCCAUACAGAUGGGGAAACCACUACCUGAGAAGGGAUCCUGCAAACACUACAAACAGAGUCAUCGCUGGCUCAGGUUCUCAUGCUGUGGCCGGGCCUACCCCUGUGAUGUGUGUCAUGACGAGGACCAGGACCACCCCAUGGAGCUGGCCACCAGGAUGAUCUGUGGUCACUGCUGUAAAGAGCAGCCGUACAGCAAUGGGAAGCCCUGUGUCAGCUGUGGAGGCAUGAUGACAAGAGGAGCCUACACCAGUCACUGGGAGGGAGGACUGGGCUGCAGGAGCAAAGUCAAAAUGAGCAGAAAUGAUAAACACAAGUAUGCCAACACAAACAAAACAAUUUCACGGAAAGCAGCCAGCGAAAAGAAAUAAUCAGAGACAACAUGUUAUUGUUAUGGCAGUGGUUGAUCAGGCCUGCUCUGUGUGAUUCAAGAGCAACCCUUCUAUCAAUGCCUUAUUGAUUUCUAAUAAAUCAACUAUUGUAAUGUUAUCCAGCUGAUGUGAUUGGUGAGAAGUGUUAACAUUGUUGUGAGGAUUGAGCCCCGGUCCUGGAGUAGCACUCAGCCUUGUUGACUUGGUGGGAACAUGCAGCAGAACACUCUCCGGCACAGUACAAGUAAGCCUGGUGCUUGUUUUCAUUGUAAUCACAGACACUCCCAUUAUGUUUCUUAUCUCUGUAACAGCCUCCCCAAGUGCCUUGUAAAAUCAAUGCAAUGGCCUACAUUUACAGUAGACUCUUUAGUGUUGCCACCUUUCCAAUUCUCUCACAACUUAACCCACUCAUCAUUUAAGGAUGAGUGCUAUCCCACUGGGCACAAUCGUCAGUUCAACGUUUAGUUUUGAUUUACAUUUGGUUGAGUUGUCAACUAAUGCAGAUUCAAUGUAAAAUAAACAAAAAAUGUCACUGUGUAAUUGGAUUUAGGUUUGAAAAAAAUACAAAAUUCCCUUACGUUGACUUUUUGCAAAUCCAAUCAGUUUUCCACGUUGAUCUACGAGAUCAGUGUCCCUAAACCGGGACAGUUGUUGCUCAAUAUUCGAUAGUGUGACUAGUGACGUUGUAAACAACAGGGACAUAGACAUGUCUUCUGGCCAGAAAGCUUAAAUUCUUGUUAAUCUAACGGCAGUGUCAAAUUUACAGUAGCUAUUACGACAACAAAAAUACCAUGCUAUUGUUUGAGGAUAGUGCACAACAACAAAACAUCAUGGCAACUGGUUUGAUACAUUCACCUCUGAAGGUAAAUAAUGUACUUACAUUCAGUAAUCUUGCUCUGAUUUGUCAUCCUGAGGGUUCCAGAGAUAGUGUAGUUUUGUUUUAAAAAAUGUAUUCAAAUGUAGGAACUGGCUCCACCCCACACUGCUUCCAUCUUGUGGACAACAUCUAAAUUACACCUAAAAUCCUAUCUGAGUGUAUGGCCUUUCUCUUACUUUUCAUAGAUGGAACAAAAAACAUUUUUGAAAACACAUGUUUUUUUAUUUGUAUUAUCUUUUACCAGAUCUAAUGUGUUAUAUUCUCCUACAUUCAUUUCACAUUUCCACAAACGUCAAAGGCUUUCCUUUCAAAUGGUAUCAUUAAUUUGCAUAUUCUUGCUACAGGCAGUUAGAUUUGGGCAUGUCAUUUUUGGCGAAAAUUGAAAAAAAGGGUCCGAACCUUUUUAAUGUCAUCACAUCAUUAUUUUUGUUGAAAUUACGUGGAAACGGUUAUGAUUCAACCAGUUUUUACCCAGUGGGAUGCAACAGUGUUCUGUUUCUCAGAACUGUGUUUUGUGUCUUUUAGGUGGGCAGGCUAGACAAAAUCUUGGUAGUUUGACCAUGGCAUCUGGAUAGAAUAGCUGUGACAGGUUUGCUCCCUUGACCGUAAUUAAGUAGCUCCACAAACAGAUUAUUAGGUAAGAUUACAUCAGGUUAUGCUAAUGAUUAAGUAAGAUUACAUACGAUUGGAAUUUAUGACUAAAUAAACUCACUAAUCUUCUAAAAUAAUUUAAGAGCACAUGGCCAAUGAACAGAUGGAAAAUAACAGAUUUCAUGGAGUCAACUAAUGCUAUUGAGAAUCAAAAUGAUGAUUGACCAUUUUUAUAUGAAUAGGUCACCAUGGUGGUCUCGAAUUGAAAUACAAAUAUGUAAGAAGUGAAUGUUGUGGAUAUUAUCAAUUUAAUAAAUUCUACUAAUUAA